AGAUAUUGACAAAUGUGCGUCGACAACAGUGCUGUCAUUCAACCAUAGAUCAACAAAUCCUAACAAAUGAAGCAGUUGGAUAAUAUCAACCGUAGCUAGAGGUUUAAUGUUGCUACUGUUCAUCAGAGGAGGACUCGUGGUGUUCACUUUGUUGUUCCAGAGCGAUGCAGUGCCUGUCCAGAUCACAGAAACAGAGCCAGGUUUACAUGGGAUCCCACUGACAGGAAAGGUUUGCACUUUUCUGCCUGUUGAGAAUCACUACAAGUCAGCAUGUCUCAUCGAGGGCCUUUAACUGCUGUCAUAACAACAGUACUAGGGGCGACCUUAGGAGGGCUGCUCGUAUGGCGAGUUUACCGAACACGAAGGAAGAGGCUGCCUUCCAUCCAGAAGGUGGCUGAUCCCGUGGAGGCUCCGCAUCCUGUGGAAAAGGAGUUCACGGCUGCGGAGUAUCAAUACAUCCAACCGCAAAACCUUGUAGAGAAGGAAUUCAAGGCCGUGGAGUGUCAGACCGCACAACUGCCCCCUCCUGUACAGAUACCUUCUUCUGAACAGCUGCUGGGUGUGAAACCAGUCAUGGUGAGCUCUGAGGAGGAAUGGCAGCAGCUGUGGCCACUGAUGCAAAAGGAGCUGUCAGUCUUCCCUGUGCUGGGGCUUGACUGUGAAUGGGUAAAGACCAAAGGCGUCUCGGUGAAGGGCCAAGUCUCGGCGGUCUCCCUGUUACAGAUGGCCUCGUACUCGGGUCUGUGUGUCCUGGUGAGGCUGCUGCCGUUCCGCAGCGGUCAGCAGGCGUUCCCACUCAGCUUAAUAGAAGUCCUCCGAGACCCCCACGUCCUGAAAGUCGGCGUCGGUUGCUAUGAAGAUGGCAAGCGUCUGACGCGCGACUACGGUCUGUCCCUGACGUGCACCGUCGACCUGCGCUACCUUGCCUUAAGACAAAGGCAAGCUACAGUGAAUAAUGGCCUCAGCCUGAAGUCCCUGGCGGCAGAUCUGUUGAAUGUAUCUCUAGAUAAAUCUCUGGAGCUGCGCUGCAGUGACUGGGAGGCAGAUCAACUGACGCUGGAGCAGAUGACUUAUGCUGCCAGAGACGCCCAAGUUUCCAUCGCUCUCUUCCUCCAUCUCCUCGGCCUCCGCUCUGACGCCGGACCCGCCUCUUCCAGCGGGAGCUCCUACUCUGAGUUGGCCGCCCGCUGCCAGGGCCUGGUGGACGUGCCCUUCAGGGGCCGAGGAGACGGAGACGACAGGGCCGCUGAUGGAGAGAGGAGGCGGAGGACACGGAAACCACCCACUUAUGAAAGCCCAGAGUCUGGAGAUCAGCAAGUCCCAGACCCACGAAAGAAUAACAAGAGGAAACCACUGGGUGUGGGAUAUUCUGCCAGGAAGUCUCCUCUCUAUGAUAACUGCUUCCUCCACGCUCCUGACGGCCAGCCGCUGUGUACCUGCGACAAGAAGAAAGCCAAAUGGUACCUAGAUAAAGGAAUAGGAGUGCUUCAGAGUGAAGAGCCGUUUGUUGUGAGGUUGCUGUUCGAGCCAUCGGGACGUCCUGACUCCCAGCAGGACUACUACCUCACUGCCAAGGAGAACCUGUGUGUGGUCUGCGGCAAAGCAGAUUCCUACAUCAGGAAAAACAUCGUGCCACAUGAGUACAGACGACAUUUCCCCACAGAGAUGAAGGACCACAACUCCCACGACAUCCUGCUGCUCUGCACCAGCUGCCACGCCGCCUCCAACGUGCACGACAGCUUCCUGAAGCAGCAGCUGGCCGAAGAGUUCGCCGCCCCUCAGGGCUGCGAGGAGGGGGUCCGUCUGCUGGAGGACUCGGACCGACGGCGGGUGCGUUCGGCGGCUCGGGCUCUGCUCACCGCCGGGGACGGGCUCCCGGAGCAGCGGCGAGAGGAGCUGCAGGUUUUGAUCAAGAGUUUCCUGAACAUGAACGAGAGGCAGGAGCUGACGGACGAGGCGCUGCAGCAGGCGGCCGGUUUGGAGACGAGGAUCUUCAACGAGGCGUACGUGCCUCACGGCCUGAAGGUGGUGCGAGCUCACGCUGAGCAGGGCCUGCUGGGCCUGAUGGACCUGGAGCGCCGCUGGAGGCAGCACUUCCUCACCGCCAUGCAUCCUCGCCACCUCCCGCCUCUCUGGUCCGUCGACCACAACCACAGCAAGUUCCUCCGCAAGUACGGAGAGGACCUGCCCAUCAAACUCAACUGACCGUCGACGUCCACGAAGCAGCUACGCACCAGGACGGGAAACUCCUUCUUGUUUUUUCUCUUCUGCUGAUCAAAGUGCCGGAUGAGUUUGAAACUUCUGCAGCCACUUUGUCGAGUUUUCAAGCCAAAUAUCUUUUCUUUUUUCUUUUCUUUUUUUGAGUGAGCAGGUAAAUGCACUAAUCUUCCCGCCAGGACCAAAAUGUUACCAGCAUGUGGCGGCUGUCAAGUUCCCUGAGCACACUCGACCUGUGAUGGACGCUGGACAACGUUUACCAGCGAGAUGCUGCUAGGUUUCCACGUGGACCUGAGUGAACGUAACAGAAACUCUCCCUGUGGAGAGGAAAGCCAGCACUGAAUCUAAAAACACUAACUGCAACGCCAUGGUGGACGUUAUGUCACUGCAAAUGGACACUUUUUUUAUUAUGACAAAUAUAUAAUUAUUUAUGGAAAAGGUUAAGAUAAUGAAAUUUAAGAAGAGAUUUUUAGACAAAGCUGCUGCCUGCUCUUACUGUCCCCUUUAAAUUUAAUUACCCCCCCACACACACUCCCCCCUGCAGGUCAGCAGCUUAUUACCUCCAUCAGUAUGAGAAUAAAUGAUUUGCUUUGUAGAGAGCGGGUCAUUUUAAUAUGACCUUAAAUCAUCCGGCGCUCCGCCCUGCUUUUUAUUUCAGUCUGUUGUCUGUUUUAAGUCAAUAGAUGAAGGAUGAAUUUCCCAGAAGCAACUUGAAAUCAAAUUUCAUCUUUGGCCAUUUUUGCUUUUGAAAAGAUGAGUUUGGCCUCAAGGUGCCUUUUUCAGCCCGAGCGUGUUGUUUGCAGGGAGGAGACGGACGCCAGCGGAGUUUGGCCCGUUUAGUUGAUCAUUUAAACUUGUGAUGCUCACGUCCUGCUGCUGAUUCUCCCGGCGGUUGGGACAUCUCCAUGGCUCAUGUUUUAAUGUGCCUCCUAAUCCCCAAACCAGACUGGAGACGUGUCACAGCGUCGGGACGUGACCUCCUUUCAGUUUACAGCCGUUUUCACCCAUGACGUCGUUUUUCCAGAAUCCAAACUGCAGUGAAGAAAAGGUGCCAACUCUGGCGUGAUGCUGAAAAUGACCUUUAAACCACGCCCGCCCCCCUUUGCAAGGCAGAUUUAUCUCUUGAGCAUAAUAUGAAUUUAUUUACAAUACAUGAAACUGUAAAUUGAAUAAACAGCUGAUUUUGUCUUUAUUCAUAUUUUCCUGGAUGUAAG